AUGGGGGCCGGAGUCUCCCGUAGCAACAACAUGGGGGCCGGAGUCUCCCGUAGCAACAACAUGGGGGCCGGAGUCUCCCGUAGCAACAACAUGGGGGCCGGAGUCUCCCGUAGCAACAACAUGGGGGCCGGAGUCUCCCGUAGCAACAACAUGGGGGCCGGAGUCUCCCGUAGCAACAACAUGGGGGCCGGAGUCUCCCGUAGCAACAACAUGGGGGCCGGAGUCUCCCGUAGCAACAACAUGGGGGCCGGAGUCUCCCGUAGCAACAACAUGGGGGCCGGAGUCUCCCAUAGCAACAACAUGGGAGAAAUAGCGUCCCAGGUUGACAGAUUUUUACGAAAAUCGAAAACUAAACAGUGA